UCAGCGCUGGAACCCACCCAGCUUCUAAGGAGAAAGCCAAUGACCUUUGGCUUUAAUUCUUAGGAGGUUUCUCUGGGUUUGUGCCGACUGCCCCAGCCAGAGCUCUGGCCUUGUUGGAGAGAAUCCUGAAGGAGAAAAAAGAACCAAACCAAACAAAAUGAAACCAAAAAAACCAUGACUUGGGUGUGACUCCGGGGAGAGCAGCUGUCUCAGUUGCUUGGGAGCAGGGGAGCAAAGUUGCUGGCUUCCUGUUCUGGCAUGAUCACACAGCCACGCUUCCUGUUCUGCCCGCCUUCCUGUGGACUCUGCCUCCUCACUGCAGAGAUGCCCUGGCAAGUCCAGGGUCCUGGAGCCAGGAAGAAAAAAACAUGGAUGCCAGGGAGCUUGCCUUAGCUUCCCUGAUACAUGACACCAGCGGCCCUGGGGAGCUGCCUGUGGGUCACCAGCAGAGGAAGACAAAGAACUGGUCCUUCUCGCUCGUCGUGGCCGCUCUCGUGGGAGCGUUCGGAUCCUCCUUCCUCUACGGGUACAACCUCUCGGUGGUGAACGCGCCCACACCGUAUAUCAAGGCCUUUUACAAUGAAACCUGGGGCAGAAGGCAUGGACAUCCCAUAGACCCCGAUACCCUGACUCUGCUCUGGUCUGUGACUGUGUCCAUAUUCGCGAUUGGUGGCCUGGUGGGAACACUGAUGGUGAAGAUGAUCGGAAAGUUUCUUGGGAGGAAGUCCACGUUGCUGGUCAACAAUGGAUUUGCAAUUUCUGCAGCGUUGCUGAUGGCCUGCUCACUCCAGGCAGGAACCUUUGAGAUGCUCAUUGUGGGACGGUUCAUCAUGGGUGUGGAUGGAGGCAUCGCGCUCAGUGCACUCCCCAUGUACCUCAACGAGAUCUCACCCAAGGAGAUUCGGGGCUCUCUGGGCCAGGUAACUGCCAUCUUCAUCUGCGUAGGUGUGUUUUCUGGACAGCUGCUGGGCCUGCCUGAGCUGCUGGGAAAGGAGAGCACCUGGCCAUACCUGUUCGGAGUGAUCAUUGUCCCUGCCUUGGUCCAGCUGGCAAGCCUGCCAUUUCUCCCUGAGAGCCCACGCUACCUCCUCUUUGAAAAGCACGACGAGGCAGGAACCAUGAAAGCCUUCCAAACAUUUCUGGGGAAAGAAGAUGUCUCCCAAGAACUGGAGGAGGCCCUGGCUGAGAGCCGUGUGCAAAGGAACCUCCGCCUGGUGUCUGUGUUUGAGCUUCUGAGGGCACCCUUUGUCCGCUGGCAGGUCAUCACUGUCAUUAUCACCAUGGCCAGCUACCAACUAUGUGGACUCAAUGCGAUCUGGUUCUACACCAACAGCAUCUUUGGGAAAGCUGGGAUCCCUCAGGACAAGAUCCCAUACAUCACCCUGAGCACAGGAGGAAUCGAGACGCUGGCUGCUAUCUUCUCUGGCCUGGUCAUUGAGCGCUUAGGAAGAAGACCUCUCCUCAUUGGUGGCUUCGGGCUUAUGGCCCUCUUCUUUGGGACCCUCACAGUGACACUGACCCUGCAGGACCGAGCUCCCUGGAUCCCUUACCUAAGCAUUGUGUGCAUCUUGGCCAUCAUUGCCUCGUUCUGCAGCGGUCCAGGUGGGAUCCCGUUCAUCCUGACCGGAGAGUUCUUCCAACAGUCAGAGCGGCCGGCAGCCUUCAUUAUCGCCGGCACAGUCAACUGGCUCUCCAACUUCGUAGUAGGGCUCCUUUUCCCCUUCAUCCAGAAAAGCCUGAACUCCUACUGCUUCCUCGUCUUUGCCACAAUAUGUACUGCAGGUGCUAUCUACUUCUAUUUUGUCCUCCCGGAGACCAAGAACAGAACCCACGCAGAAAUCAGCCAGGCAUUCGUCAAGAGGAAUAAAGCUCACCCCCCAGAGGUGAAGGCUGACUCAGCCAUGGUAGAGGAGAAGGCCAACAGCCAGACUGAGCCAGACCCAUCUUCCACGCUGGACAGCUAUGGCCAAAACAAAAUUGUCUAAAUGUAUGUUCUUGUUACAGUAACCCAAGAAGGUUUCAGGUGACCAAAGCCAUGUGAGAGUCUUAUGCUGGGGAGCUAGGAAGAAACCCGUGGGAAUCGAACCUUACAGUUGCACGUCUGAACUCCUCUGGAAGCAUUCCUAGGUUUGCUCCACUCAGCAAAUUAUACGGACCUAGGGCUGCCUUCCUCAUGACUGAACCCAUAGUUUUGAAAUAAAGUUGGGGGAAAGGAAACAGGUUGCCUUCUCAUAGGGAAGCAAUCUGGUCUGAUGAACACUCAUUGUAUUGGGAAUGGCAGCCUGGGGCUUGUCUCAGCUGUGCUGUUGCUAAGCAACCUUGACCUGCCCUCAGCCACUAGCCUCCAGGCCCCCAGACCUUGGAAGGCUCCCCGACUUCCAUGGGAAGGUUCUUUGUCCCACUAACGAAUACUUGCUGCUAAUCUUUGGCUCUGCCCUCUGGGCCUGAGGCUUAGGAACGCUUUAUAGCAACCCACCAUGCUGCUCAUCCUACCAAGACAAGCUCUGUCCCCAGCACUCAAGGCUGCCAGGUCUGAGGCUGUCUUUAGUUUAGACUGUUACAGAGAGCACACAGAGGAUCAACAAAUAAUUUGAAAAAGAACUCUGUGGUACCUAGGGUGCAGAGACUGCAAGGUGGGCUCUGAAUACUGAAAAUGACUCUGAGAUCAAACCUAGAUUUGAUGAGAAAGAACACUGAGAUUGAUUGAUGAUGUCUGUCCUGAAGGUAGGAAUGACAACCUGAGUUCCUUAGCCUUGUGUUUGCAGUAUAAAGGAGAUUCAUCUUUAGAGGUAACAAACUGCCUGGAAAGAUACUUGACAUCACUCCUAGUGCUCAGGUAAAGGCUGGGGUGGCAGGGAUCAUCUGUCUCAACAGUUAUUUAGGAAGUCAAAGAGGCGGUUAUAGAGGAAGGUGUUGAGUGGGUGUCUGGUUGGGGCAACUUGCAUCUUGCCAUCAUCAUGUUUGGCUGAAUCCCUUCUUCUGCCUCCAAAACAAAGUACAUGUGACAAAUGUCAUAAGCAAGUGGCAGGUACAUCAACUGGCAUUGGCGUGUUUAUGUUUAGGAUGCAGUAGAGGGCUCAUUCCAGGGAGGGAAGUCUCCAGUCCAGGUAACACUGCUGUUUUCCUGACAGUUCUGGAUGAGGAUGGCCUUAGCCAAAACCUGUGUUCUGACUUUUCCCUCCCCGUUGAACACUCUUCAUCUUGAGCCUCUCCUUGGUGCAUUCCCAGUUCAGGGAGCCAUACCAUCCAGCACUGGUUUGAACACCAUGUGUUGGUAUAGAGAGAACGCAAUGUAUAGAUUUGACAAGGGCCUGUUGCAAAGGGAACCAAGUAAUUGUAAAACCAAAAUCAUAACAUUCGAAACUGCCAUUCAUUUGGAGAUUUAAGUAUUCUGUCAAUAAAUAUUUAUUAAUCAAUCACUA